UCUCGAGAAUUUAAGAAGGUUAUGUUUGGUAGUGUUUUGUUCAUUAUAUGAUAAUUUGAUUUUUUUUAUUUAUCCGUUUAUCGGUUCUCGGCCAGUGGUGAUUGUAGUUAAUCGAGUCUAAUUGAUGUCAAAUUAUUUUGGCAAUGUGUCGCAAUAUCGAGGAUCGAAAAUCUUCUCAUGUAUUGGUGCCGGUUUUGCUGACCGCUUUCGCGAUACCAGUUUCUAUGCUGUUUUGGAUUGGAAAUGUCGUUUAUGCUUUCUUCUCGCCUGAUUCCGAGCAUCACCAUGACGGUUAUCCGGUUAUUUCGCCCUGGAGAUGGCUUGCUGCUGUUGUUGUUCCACUUUUAUUUACCCUUUGGGGUUGGAAGAAAAAGAGCUUGGAUCUCAGUGGAGCGACUCUUGGCCUCUUGAUCGGUUUCAUCCUGACACUGACGAGUCUCGCACACUUGGCUUGUUUGAUGGCAUUUUUUGUAAGUUCCUCAAAGGCGACGAAAUUCCGAAUGAAACAGAAACAGAAAAUUGAAUGCGAAUUCAAGGAAGGAGGUCAAAGAAAUUGGAUUCAGGUUUUGUGUAAUGGAGGCAUGGCUUCGCAAUUAGCUUUACUUUAUUUAUUAGAUGUCGGUUGUGGAGAACGUCCUAUAGAUUUUGUCAAAGACUAUCGAAGCUCAUGGUUAUCUGUGGGAAUCCUAGGAACUUUGGCUUGUUGCAAUGGAGAUACUUGGGCUUCGGAAUUCGGAACUGUUAUUGGCAGUUCUGAGCCUUUUCUCAUUACAACAAGGAAACGGGUACCAAAAGGAACAAACGGUGGUGUUUCGUGGUUUGGACUUUUAGUUUCGCUACUAGGUGGACUUUUUGUUGGCUUCUUCCACUACGUGACUGUGCUAUACACUGUUGAUACAGCGAUUUUAGGAUUGGCUGCUCCGCAGUGGCCUAUAAUAAUCGCAGGAGGAAUCAGUGGACUGCUUGGAAGUAUGGUUGAUUCCAUCCUCGGAGCCACACUUCAGUACUCUGGAAUCGACGAGAAAGGAUAUAUUGUGGAGAGACCAGGAAAGGGCGUGAAACACAUAAGCGGAAGGCAAAUAUUAGAUAAUCACAGUGUUAAUCUCUUAUCUACUAUAAUUAUGGGACUCAGUCUUCCGCGGAUAGCAAACUUACUUUGGCCAUAAUUAUUUAUACAUAAGGUAAAAAGGGUGGCUCUUUAAAAAAUAUAUUUGAAUUGAUAUUCUUAUUUGUUUAAGUGCUGGUAAAAUGAAUAAUCAAUGUUAAAUUGGUUGGAACUGAAGAUCAGGAUUAAGAAAAAGUGGCUUUAUGAAUCUGCAGUAUGAAAAAUUGUUAAGUUAAUUAUAUAUUUAUAAUUAUUAGAUUAACAUUUAUAAUUGUUUUCUAUUAUAAGAAUUAUAGUUUUUUUUUUUAAUUUACGAUGAAGAGAAUUGUGAUUAUUGUAAUAAUGUAAAAAGGUGAGAAUUUAUAUA